ACUGAUGUUACCGUGGUGACGUGAAGACGCUCUGCGCUAAAUCCUCUUGCACAGUGACAGAGGAUCAGUCAAUAUUAUCGACAGAAAACUAUAUUUCCUUUGGUUUAGUUUCGCGUAUAAAGCGCCGACAGUAAGGACUUGUGAUGGCGUCGGUGUUUGACGUUCUCUGGGAGGACAGAGACGUGAGAUUUGACAUCACUCCGCAACAGAUGAAGACCAGACCAGGCGAAGCGCUCAUCGACUGCCUGGAUUCAAUCGAGGACACAAAGGGAAAUAAUGGUGACAGAGGAAGACUCCUGGUGACCAAUUUGAGGAUAAUCUGGCAUUCACUGGCACUACCAAGGGUCAACUUGUCUGUGGGAUACAACUGCAUUAUAAAUAUCACCACGAGGACAGCGAAUUCAAAACUGAGAGGUCAGACUGAAGCACUUUACAUAUUAACCAAAUCUAAUAACACUAGAUUUGAGUUCAUAUUCACCAAUGUGGUCCCAGGGAGUCCAAGACUGUUCACAUCUGUCAUUGCUGUUCACAGAGCUUAUGAAACUUCCAAAAUGUAUCGAGAUCUAAAGCUAAGAGGAGCUCUAAUUCAGAAUAAACAGCUGAGGCUUCUGCCGCAGGAGCAGGUUUAUGACAAAAUCAAUGGAGUCUGGAACCUGUCCAGUGAUCAGGGUAAUCUUGGAACGUUUUUCAUUACUAACGUGAGGAUAGUGUGGCAUGCCAACAUGAACGAGAGCUUCAACGUCAGCAUUCCCUAUCUACAAAUUCGCUCAAUAAGGAUUAGAGACUCUAAAUUUGGACAUGCUCUUGUGAUUGAGAGCUCUCAACAGACAGGAGGAUAUGUGCUGGGAUUCAAGAUCGACCCAACAGACAAGUUACAAGAUGCAGUGAAGGAAAUCAACUCCUUACACAAAGUGUACUCGGCAAACCCCAUUUUUGGUGUGGAAUAUGAGAUGGAAGAAAAGCCUCAGCCUCUGGAGGAGCUGACAGUAGAUCAGCCGCCUGAUGACGUGGAGAUUGAGCCAGAUGAGCACACAGACGCUUUUACCGCUUAUUUUGCAGAUGGAAAUAAGCAACAUGAUCGUGAGCCGGUGUUCUCUGAAGAGCUGGGUCUGGCUAUAGAGAAAUUAAAAGAUGGAUUCACACUACAGGGACUCUGGGAAGUCAUGGGUUAAAAAAUUAUGUAUUUUCGCAUUGCAUUGUCUAUAUCCAAUAUUAAGAUUUUUUCAUUAGCAAAAUGUCAAAAUUGUAUUUAUUUUCAGAGCCGUUUUUGAUAUUUUAUAAGUCUUAUGUUUACAAAUCAAAUGUGAACCAAGUGUAUGUAAAAUUAAAAGUUCAUUUUUAAACUUGUGUGUUAGAUGAAUAGACACAGAAAUAGGAACAUUCAUAUACGUGUUAAAUACAAAAUAAUAUAUGUAUAUUGGUUUUAGGUAGAGAACUUUACGUGCUGAUUUUGCUGUUGUAUUGUAAUAAAUGUACGAGGGAAAAUGAUGUUGGAAAUUGUUGUUUGAUCAUGUUUUUGGACACUUGUUUAAGCCGUUUUCAUAGUAGUGGGUUGAUCAAACCAACACGUGCAGUUUGUUGGCUCAGGAUUGACAGGUCUGCUUAAAAAUGUGCCAGAGGAGCUCAACUACUCCACAAAUGACCAGAAGAGCUGAUUAACACAGCUGAUGUUUGCUGACAUUUGAAGAAACAGAAGGUUGUAAAGUAAAAAGAGCAUUUAAAGGAAUACUUCACA